AUGGGAGUGCCAACCUUUUACCGUUGGCUGUGUAACAGGUAUCCGCGGGUCCCCAAGGACCUGGUGGACAACUAUAACGACCGGAACCUGGACCUGUCGGACGAGGACCAAGUAGGCCUCGAUCUGCUGUCGCCGAACCCAAAUGGAGAGUUCGAUAACUUGUACCUGGACAUGAACGGAAUAAUUCACCCGUGCUGCCACCCGGAAAACAUGGAGCAACCGGAGUCUGAGGAGAUCAUGUUUAAGUGUAUAGUGGAAUACAUUGAUCGCAUUUUUUACCUGGUCCGGCCGAGGAAACUUAUAUAUCUAGCAAUAGACGGAGUGGCGCCGAGAGCCAAAAUAAAUCAGCAAAGAAGCAGAAGGUUUAAGUCGGCAGCGCUGGCAGAUCUGGAGGACGAAACGUACGAAAAAAUGCUCAAGGAGUACCUGGAAAAGAAAAAUGACAUGGAGAUACCAGUGAGGAAGAACAAGUGGGAUAGUAACGUGAUAACGCCGGGCACGGAGUUCAUGUAUAAGCUCUCAAACAAGAUCGUGGAGUACAUCAAGGAGAGAGUGGAAAAAUAUGACGCGUGGAGAAGAAUAGUGGUAAUAUUUUCGGACAGUAACGUGCCAGGAGAAGGAGAGCACAAAAUAAUGGAGUUCAUAAGGAGCCAGAGGCACUGCCCGGACUACGACCCUAACACGAAGCACGUGCUGCACGGAAUGGACGCAGACCUUAUAAUGCUAGGAUUGACGACGCAUGAGCCGAACUUCUACAUCCUAAGGGAGAUCGUGACCUUCUACGUGCACCCGAGUAACAAGAUAGCGCCGAAAGAGUUCGAGCUUGAGGAGCCAGAGGGAAGGAGCGCGUUGGCGCCGAAGGCGGACAACAUGAGCAAGGAGGAAAAGUACAUGAAGAUGAUGAGAGAAAACUGGAAGCCGCUGCAGCUUCUUCAGCUGGCGGUGCUGAGAGAGUACCUCUCACACCAGCUGAGAUUCGUGACAGGGUUCGACAACGGGAGCUCCAUAGACUUCGAAAGGUGCGUCGACGACCUGGUGCUUAUGAUAUUCUUCUGCGGAAACGACUUCCUGCCGAACCUGCCCUCGAUCUCGAUCACCGGGGGCUCAAUAGACCAGAUGAUACUGCUCUACCAGAAGCUGCUGCCGUCGCUUAACGAUUACCUGUCGAACGAGGGAAACCUCAACUUUCACUCAAUAAGCACGUUCUUCCACUACCUGUCGAAGAUAGAAAACGAGACCUUUAAGCAGAUAUACGAGUACAAAAAAAAGUCGGAGGAGUACCACAAGAACAGGAGCCAGGUUAACCCCAGAGGCACGACGCAUAGACCUGAGAACGAGGUCACCAAAGUCACAGAUGGUGGUAAAGAGGGAGUUUUUGGAGGAGAAAAUGGAAGUGUUAAUAAGGAUGCGGAAGAAGACUUUAUGAAAAGGUACGAAGAGGAGUUGAAUAAGUUGAAGUCAGUGGACGAAGUGAAGCUGUCAGUGGAUGUGACACUGAAUGACCCAAGGCUGUGGAAGGAAGCAUACUACAGAGAAAAGUUUCACCUGACAGAAGAGGAUGACAUGAAAGAAUUUGUGCAGGAAGUGUCCUUCCACUACAUCAAGGGAAUAUGCUGGGUGCUGAGGUACUACUACCAAGGAUGUCCGUCCUGGUCGUGGUACUACCCGUACCACUACUCGCCGUUCUGCUCGGAUUUGGAGUUUGGAACGUUGUACAGCUACGACGAGGCUGAAGAGGAAGUCUCAGCACCCGUGGAAAAUGUAUCUGGAGGUGAUAACAGAGGUCGUAAGAGAGGUCGUGUUUCAAUGGUUUUUAGAGGCGAUGGUGGUAUUGACGGUGGUUUUGGCAGUGAUUUUGGCACAGAGGCUGAUGAUAUUGAGCACAAUGGAACAUGCGAAGAUAAGGAUUGCGUUGCAGAUACAAAUAUCAGCGUCCUCACAACUGUUGAUACAGUGACGGGUGAAAAUCUAGUUGAUGGAAACACUCCCGAUGACGCAACAUUAACGAGGGAAGAAAAUCAGGAGAAGGAAUUAGACGAUGUAUGGAAGGAACCCUUAGAAGAAGUUAAUAACAAGUCACCGUUAGAUGUUAAUAACAAGUCACCGUUAGAUGUUAAUAAAAAAGAACAGCCAGAAGCUGAGACAAAAGGAGAAAAGAGGAAGCAGGAGAACAAGGCAUUGAUAAAGUUCGACUACGGAACGCCGCUGACACCAUUUCAGCAGUUAAUGGGAGUGAUGCCGAUAAGAAGCAGCCACUGCAUACCUGAGAGUCUGAGAGGGCUCAUGACGGAUCCAGAAUCGCCGCUGAGAGACUUUUACCCAGUUAAGUUCCAGGAGGACCCGAACGGGAAGAGGUAUAAGUACCAGUGGGUGGCACUGUUGCCAUUUAUAGACGAGGAAAAACUGCUGCACUACGUAAAGCCAAUAGAAGAAAAGCUGAAUGAAGAAGAAAAGUACAGAAACAGAGUGUCGAAAAACAUAAUAUUCCUGACGCAGCAGCUGAGAAUGGUGUUCAUAAAUCAAAUAAAUAGAACGGAGAAGGUGACGGACGAUAAGUAUGGAGCUAAAGGAGAAGAAAUGGAGUAUUAUAUAUGUAAGUGUAGUAAGAAGCAUAAGAGCGUGUUGCUGGUGGGAGCGAAGAUACCGCCGAAGGUGUUAACAAUACAAGACCUGAUGGAGGAACAGAGAAAUAGAGGAUUUAACUGCGAAGUGGCGAAGAGAACAAUAUUGCACAUGUUAUCAGAAGGGAGAAGUAACAGAGACCCGUUUGGAAUGAAUCAGCCAGAAGGAGUGCUGAGAGACACAUCUAGAGACUACCACCAGUACCACAACCAGUAUAGCACAAAUCAGUACACACCAACACAAAUGAACCAAUACGGAAACCACUAUCAAGGAGGAUAUAGAAGUAACAGGUACCAUGAAAACCAGUACUAUAACAAGUAUGAUAACCAGUACUAUGAUAACAACUAUGAUAACCAGUACUACGAUAACAAGUAUGAUGGCCAGUACUACAAAGGGAACCAAUACCAGCAUCGCCAAUACCAGGGCGGUCAGUAUGGACCAGGCCAGCACCAAGGGAGUUAUCACCCGAGUAAGUACGGAGGAAGCCAAUACCAUCAGGACCACCACCACCAGAGCCAACACGGAAGUCAGUACAGACAAGGCUAUCACGGAAGCCAAUAUAGAGACCAGCAAGGACAGUACGGAAACCAGUACCGACAAAACCACGGAAGUCAAUACGGAGGCCAGUAUCAGUCGAACAAGUAUCACGGAAGCCACGGAAACUACGGGGGCCACGGGACCAAGUACCAGAAUCAAUAUGGCACGAGCAAGUACGGAAGUGGACACUACCAGGGAAAGCAGCACGGAGGAAACCAGCACCACCAAGGAGGAUACCAGCCAAAGUACCAAGCAAACCACCCGGACCCGUACGGAGGAAACAGCAGAGGCAACAGCCAGUACGACUACGAAUACGGAAAAGGGAGCCACUACAACCAGGACUACGGAGGCAGCCAGUACGCACAGACACACGUGAGUCAGAGGUACGGAGGACAGUACGCACAGAACCACUACAACCAGCCACACCAGCACUACGGGAAGGGACGCCAGCACGAUGGAAGUAAGCCGCAGUACCAGAACUUCAGGAACACAACGAACGCGCUCAGAAGGUCCGCAAACGAAAAGUAUUAUUAA